AUGAAUGCAAUCUCAAGUUAUUAUGAAGAGGGUUAUGGAAAUGUAAAAUAUUCAAUUGUGGCAACAUUAGAUAUUGUUGAGGAUUGUGGGGAAAGUGAAAUUGUAUCAGAAUCUGAAUUUCUUGUAAGAAGUUUUCUAAGCCUAGAUUCUCCCCACUUUUUAAACCCUGCACAUUCGACAGAAGAAAUUGUCACCGAUCGAGUUUGUUUGUGUUUUGGAAAUUCAAAAGAAAAAAGGAAAAUAACAAUUAAAAGCCCAUCUUUAGGCCUUCUCCCAGGGGUUAAACUGUCAAUUUGUCAACAGGUGGAUUUUGUGGCAUGUAGAAAAGAUACUCCAAACACAUGGGACAAAAGAUCGGUGACAAGGGCUAUACAGAACUAUAAUAAUUCAAAUAUAAAUUGUCAAAUAUUGUCAGAAUCAGAACAACAAAUAAAAUUUCAAAUUCCAAAGAAUUUACCACCAACCUCGGCAAAAGAGAACGAUUUAAUAAAUUUUAGUUACUUUUUCAGAAUCGAAAUAGAACAAAAUCUUGAUAUUAUUUUACCUAUUGUCAUUGGCUCGUUUAGAACAAUUUUGUAA